CAAACACAUAAGACUCCAUCCAUGCAAGUCAGAAUCACUACUAUGGAGAAGCAUGCUGAUAUACAGGGAGACUCGACAUGAGAUCAAUGAUUCUCAUUUUUGACCUCUUCGUCUUCUUUCAAACGUAAAUGUAAGAUUAUAUCUGAUCACGCCUUUCCUUCCUUUUAUUACAACCUAAUAGAUAUAAUGGUGCAAUUCACUCAUGUUAACGUCUUCGGCACCUGCUUUGAGGUUACAACAAGAUAUCACCACCUACUGCCUUUGAAAAUUGAAGCUUCAAGCCUUCGCUGUUCCGCGAUCGAUGAGUUGAUAUGCAGUCAAGUUACAGUCAAGAAGAUAACCAAGCCAUUCAGAAACUCUGAGCUUUCCCAGAAAGCAUACUUAGAGCUGAAGCUGCUGAAGCAUCUCAAACAUGAAAAUAUUGCUGCUCUGCGAGAUGUGUUCAUGUCACCAGAGGACAAUAUAUACCUCAUAACCGAACAUCAAGAUGCGUCGCUCGAACAGCUUAUCCUAUCUCAGCCUCUUGGGGAAACUCAUUACACGAAAGUAUUUCUCUAUCAAAUUCUUAGAGGAUUGAAAUACAUUCACUCAGCGAACGUGGUGCACUGCAAUCUGAAACCAUCCAACAUCCUCAUUGGUCACAACUGUGAUCUACGAAUAACCGAUUUCGACCACGCACGCAUUCAGGGCACAAAGGUAACGGAGCCUUUCAGUGAGAUUCAAUGCUUCCGUACCCCUGAGCUCCUAUUGGGUGAAUGUACCUACGAGUUCGCCAUCGACAUGUGGAGUGUGGGAUAUAUAUUUGCGAGGAUGAUCAAUAGAGAACUAUUCAGUCUCGAAGACUGGAAAGUCAACUCGCUCCACGCGAUUGGGUAUCCUCCUAGAAGUAUGAUGAGUGGCAUCGAUGAUGCAAAUAUAUCAGAAAAUCUCGAGCCUCUCCUGAACACCCGGUGCAAGCCCCUGAGGUGCUAUAUCAAUACCACUGAUCUUGAAGCCAUGGGGCUCGCGGAGCACUUACUCGCCUUCGAUCCCAAAGCGAGAUAUCAAGCCAACCAGGCAUUGCUUCACAAAUACGUCUCAUUUUACCAUGACCCCGAUGACGAACCGGUCUCGGAACAAAGAUGGUCAGUCUCUGACACGGAUUACGUCAACUUGCCAGUGGAUACUUGGAAAACCCUAAUCCUCUCCGAGAUCCUUGAUCAUCAUAAUAAGCAGCUAUCAAGCGAAGUUAGCUCGAAGUAUGUAAUGGUUGAAAUGAAAUGAGUCAGGGACUAAUGAGAUCUAUCAAGAACUGAAAGCUUUUGCGACAAUGUUUCCUUUGUCAUUUUUGUCUCAUUGACUCAUUGAAUGGGAUGAGGGUUACAGGCUCGCCAUCAAUUUGGAUUCCUUAGAUAACUAUUGUCAUUUUCCGCAUCACUACUUUCCCAACCAUGACAGCCUCUUCUCCCGCCCCGCCACCCCUGAAACUUCCAUCUCGAGAAGAAAGAGCGGGCUUCCAGCCUAAGCUGAGUAGGGCAAUAAGACCGGUACUAGAAUAACCUGCUGACAUCCCCAGCAGUUCUAUAUCUGACCGAGGCACCUCCCAAACAUGGUUAUCGCAAUCGCUAUUUCCUACUAGCUGCUUGAGGAACAUGAUACUUUAGCAGAACAUCGAAAGGGUAGAUUGAUUUGAUACCGUCAGUGGGUAAGCAGAUGGUUAACCUUUGGUGUGUCGGCCAAGUGAGUGUAUGAUCUGCUUCAUGGAGCCAAAAUUUUUGUCUUCAUGAGGGCUCUCAGCAGACGGAGCAAACCAUAUAGGAAAAAAGAUUCAACAGUAUCAAUCUUGAGAAAUACGAGGCUACAAAACCAGCUAGGUACUUGAGGUGUACCAAAAAAAGGCAUGAGAUUGUGAAUAGCCAUUUCUCAAUCACUAUAAUGCUUCUCUACCAUUAUAUCCAGCCUGAACGCCAUCGGAAAAAGUAGAUGGAGGCUUAGAAAAAAGCAAGGCAACGUAAAUGAAAUUUACGUUUGAUCCAUAUCUGGGAAUGUAGGGGUAAAAUAAUUAGUUGUUUCUUCUGUAGCUGUCGUAUAUAGGA